AUGUGUCUAUUCUGGACAAUGAGAUAUACCCUCUGUGGCUGUAUUUCCGAUAGAGCAACAUUAGCAUGCAUCGACAAGUCACAUUGCUUUGGCCCACGGAUGAUAAUGGUCGAGUCCCACACAGCCACCUGUGCAGAGUGUUGGACAAGAGGUGAUAAGAGAGUAAACAGGGACCACAAAUCCAACACCGACAAUCUUGAGUGGAAAGAAUUCGAUUUUUUGGGAUACCGUAUACCUAAAAGCAAGACAAACUGGGGUGAUAGCGAUUCUGAAGACGAGGAUAUCUUCUUCGACGCCCUUGAGUUCCAACCCACGUUCUCGCGACCUUCUACCCCGAUUAUACAUGCCAAGAUCAACCCAUCUUCGUGCCCGGUCUCAGAGGAUAAUUAUUUCGACCUUGAUCGAGUUUGUGAUCCAGUGAAAUUGACCUCUGUCCGGUGGGAUUCUCGAGCAAGACUCCAGCGGAAACGGAAUGCUCUGAGUACUGAAAGGGGACUAGAGUUUGAUACGGACUCCAUUGCUUCCUUCACAAAUCACGUUAAUGAGCAGGAUAAGAACCUUGAAAUCGGGACUACAUAUGAAGACUCUGCUUGCGUGGAAGCUUUCAACGAGCCUGAUCGAGUCAGAAAUUCGCAUUUUGGUAUUAUUGGAUCUCAUAGCAGGUCCAAGACCGCAAUGGAGCAUCUUGAGGAUGAGUGCUUGGAGUUUUACGGCAUAAGAAAGGAAUAUUAG